AUGUUUGGAAGAUUCCCCAACGGCCUCGAUUCCUACGCCCAGCAGCAACGCUCUGAUGGAGGCGGCGACUUUUCCGAUCGUUGGCGGUCGAUGUCUCCGAACGGUCGACGAGACUUUCCAGCGAAUAGUAGUAACAGUACUACCUCAGCCCAACAACAACGCUCCGGAGCAUACCACCGAAUCACGUUCGAGCAAGCUGUUGCUGACAUGGUGUCUGCGUUGGAUCAUGCAAACAAGGGACUGUUGAGUCUCGAGACGACGUUCGGCCGUGAUGUUGAUCCGCUGAAGCUCUGGCUGCCGAGUCAGCAUGUCGAUUCUCUUUGGAUCAUCUACACCGCGUGGAAUGGUAUCCCAGCGACAGGUCCCGCCAAGCGUGCUGCCGAUCUUAAAACGGACGGAAGUAAGAAGUCAGCGAUACCACCACCAACGACCUACAUCGAAAUCACGCACCGCAUCUCCAAAGCCCUCACCGGCCUCAGACAAUGCUCGCCUCCGUCCGGCGGACUUGCAGAUCAUUACCAACGCCCAAGCCACCUGAACUCGGACUUCAGAAACCUCGACAGCCCUAACUCCGGCCUUGGCUGGCACGUCCUGCGGACUACAAUGCGGAAGUUGGAGAUCUCCUUCGAGGCGAUUGAGGAGUUGAUGGCGUCGGUGAUUUUGCAGAGAGGGAGGAUGGCAGCGUUGAGGCAUGAGAUUGGGGCGGCGGGGGAGUUGUUGGAGGGGAUUAGGGGGUUGGUGGAUUGUGGUGGUGGGGAGAAGGGGAAAGGAACAGGGAAAGGUGAGAAGGGGAGGGAGAAUGAUAUUGUUGAUGGCGAUGAUUUUGAGGAAGAAGAAUUUGAUUGGCGGUAUUGUGGAGCGAUAUGA